AUGUCUCUCCUCACUAGUCGUGCGUCGCAGGUGUCGCGGCUGUCUCCUCACCUCCUCCUCCUUCUAUCCCUCAUUCUCCCACUCGCUGCUCUCCCCCUUCCCGACGCCACUGUAACGUCUACCUUUCGUGGGAACCCAACCCCCUUGUCGUCCUUCCCCCGUUACAAGCACGCUCCCCCCGGCGCUCCUCCCACCCACUCGCUCCUCCAGCAGCUCCGUGCCGCGCCUCGUGGCAUCCAGCGGGCCCAAGAUGCGGAUCACGUGUCAGCACCCGCGAGCUCACAGACAGCAUCGUCCGUAGCAUCAGCGGCGGAGAAACAGAAUCCGUCGAAAAAUCCGUCGGCGGAAGCUUCCGCGUCUGCCUCCGCUUCCGGGCUUUCCGCGGAGCCCCCGACCCCGUUUCCGCCUGCGCCGCGGCCGUGGCCGGAGCGGUUCCACGCGGUGCUGUUUCAGAACCGCAGCGGGCGGCUGGCGCUGACGGAGCUGUGGUACGACUGGCCGGGCGGACGCAACCUCAACGCCAUCCGCCCGCAGCUGUCGCCCGGCACGCUCAUGGACGUGGAGUGGAGCAAUGGCACCAGCUUCUACUACAACCUGCAGGAGCGAUCGUGCAGGGUGAUCACGUUCCCAGUGGGCAUCCUGCGGCCGGACUGGCUGGUGGGGGCGGUGCUGGUGAGGGAGGGCGAGGUGGUGGACGGCAAGUUCCGGUGCCGCGUGUGGACCAAGGCCGACUUCAUCCUCUACUACGAGGACAUGGAGACUGGUUUUCCAGUGAAGUGGAUUUUCCUUGGAAGUGGAGGAAUCUUCCAUGUGCUCUCUUUCGAACCUGGCGCUACCUUGCUCGAUGAACAAUGGCAAGCACCAGCAAUUUUCUCCUCCGCUCCGCCCAUUCUUUCCGCGCUUCUCGUGUUGAAAAGCCAUGGCUCGAAUCCCUCGGGGGGGUCGCGCAGCCGCGCGAAGCACAACCUGGACUUCCUCGAUAGCCACGGGUUCGUUCCGCGAAACGCGGAGCUCAUGACACGUGUCGCGGCAGGCUCGUCGUUCCAUCCGUCGGACUGCGUCGCUGAGAAGAGCGACGACGCGGAAGAGCCGGGUUACGACGGCGACGGUGAGGGCUGGCGAGCUGGCGGAGAAGCGGGCGAAGUGGGGAGUCGCGCGGGGACGGGCGCGGAGAGGUUGGCGGAAGGGGCUCCCCUGAAGCGCAGCUUGACGGCGGAUGCCAUGGGGACGACCAUGGCGCGGGGCGCGCACACGGGCAUGGGGGGGGCGAGCGUAGGGGGGCGGAGCAUGGGGGGGCGGAGCAUGGGGGGGCGGAGCAUGGGGGGGCGGAGCAUGGGGGGGCGGAGCAUGGGGGGGACGAGCUUGCAGCGAUCGCUGAGUGACGUGCUGCUGCAGGACGCGGAGAUGGACGAGAUGGACAGAGACGUGCUGCAAGGUGCGCGCAGGUUCAGAGCGGUGGCGGUGCUCCACAUGCAUACACAGAAGGCGAAUUCGUCGUACUUACCUACCUUUUCUGCACCUCAUGCGUGUCCCUUGCACGGUGUGCCAUCCCCACCCCACCUUCCUGGCUGCCUCUGCUUUCAUCCGCCGCAAAAGGCGUUUUCGCGAGUGGUGGCGCUGCAGCAGCGCGUGCAGCAGUACCGCGACCUGGGGGUGUUCCUGCUGCACAUGGUGCUCUUCACCACCAUCCUCUACCUGCAGGCCGACUCCUCCCGCUCCUAUGACAUCACCGCCGCGCACUCCGUGCUCUACCCCCGUGUACGCUCCCCCCCAUUCACUCCCUUCCUCUGCCGCUCCAUGCUCCACCCAUUGGUGUGA